GAUAAUAAUAAAAGAGAAAUGAGAUGCGCGUUCAUUUCAGCAGGCCGCAGGAAUGUAACACUACACUCCUGUCCAUUAGAAUAUAAAAUGAUGUGAUAUGAAUAGGUUUAAUAAUGUCUUGAUGUCUGUUGCACUGAUAUGUUAAGUAUUGUUUUCUCUGAUGAGUCGAGUGAAAGUCUUGGAAAACGGAAAUUAGCGUAUCCGCUUCUCUCCCGAAAUUACACAACAAGUUCAGCUGAAAGAAAACAUUUGUUCUCAGCCUUUUUCACUUUUAAGCUGUAUUUAAGCUGCGAGAUGGAGCUUCCAGACACAGAGCCUAGAGCAAGCCGAGAAAACACUCCUAAUUGCUUAUUAAGAUUAUUUAUUCUCAGGUAGAAUCUGAAAGAUGGCAGGUCUUCAUGCUUUCACCUGGCUGUGCACCGUGAUCAUCUGCAUGGCACAUGUGAGCUCAAUGCCUACAACCUGCAGGCUUCAGAAGAGACUGAUGGAGAGAUGCCACGAUAUUCUGGAGAAAAUGGGAGACAGAUUUCCUUUGCAUUGCCUUGAAGGCAACGUUCUUGUCCCGUUUCCCGAGGCCGCGUUCCAGUUCAACACGUCUCAACAGGCUGUUGCCCUGGAAAAGACUAUCUACUUAACACUGACCAGCAUCUCCUCCUUGUUUGAUGAAGACGGUGUUCCUGAUCAGUGGAAGAAUCUCGAGGACUUUCAGAACAUCAUUUACCGCCAGAUUGAGGAGAACGAAUGUAUUAUGAACAAAACUCAGGACUCACAGGAGGACUUUCUCAGGCGUGAAAAGGUGCUCAAAGAGUAUUUCAACAAAAUAUCAGCGGUUUUGAAAGAAAAGAAUUUCCAGGUUUGUGGUUGGGAAUUUGUCCGAAAGGAAGCCCUCAUCACUCUACAGUUCAUCCUGAAUAAAGACGUGGAGGGCGUUCUCUUUUCUAGCCGGGGCUGAGCAACUCCCAGAGUUCUGCUGUCUAUCUGCUGUCUAAUAUUUUCUGCUGUCUAAUAUUAAUCUGCAUAAAAGUUCUUAUAUGGUUACUGUAAGG